UCUCCGUACUGCGGCUAUACUCGCGUGAGACUUUCUUCUUGAACCGUAAUUAGUUUAGUGUUCGGGGAACUAAAACGAAGAUAAAUCGUAGUCCUCGUUAGGUUUGUGUUUGAAGACAGUUGGAGCAUCUGAAGAAUAGAAAAAACUCCAAAUUUAGACCAAGUGAUUCAACAGAUAACCUAGAUGCGGUCGAAAUCGAUCUAGAUAAUCAAAACGGUGUGCCAUUCUAGUUUAAGGUAUAGCAGCUGCGCGAUAACCCGUUACGUAAGUUCGCUUUUAUAGUCAGUCAUUCAUACACCAGCGAAGCAAAGUGAACAAGUGAGCGAGUCGUCGUACAGGUUAACAACAACCAAAAGCAGCUGAUCAUCCCGCAAGCAAAGCCCAGCCCACCAAGGGAAAAAUAUCUGCAAAACGCGAAUAAUGAGCAAUAAAGCUGAGACAGACGUUGACAAGAUGGAUGAAGAACAACCGGACUUCAGCCAACGUUUUAACGAAAUGCGCCAUCGGAAUCAUCUGGUCGAUUGUUCGUUCAAAGUGGAUGACAAGAUAUACUACAGCCAUAAGUUGAUCCUUUCUGCCGCUAGUCCUGUGUUCGAGGCCAUGUUCUAUGGUGCUCUAGCCGAGAAACAGACCGUCAAGAUAGCCGAUAUUCGAUCCUGUGUGUUUGAACGCUUGCUGGAUUUUAUCUACGUAGGGACGAUCGAUUUCGAAGGCAUGCUGCAAAUUGAAGAAAUUUUGGAGCUAUACUACUGUGCCCAGAAGUACAUGAUAGAUAGUUUGCAUAAACAGUGCGUGAACUAUUUCGGUAAAAAUAUUAAACCGAAUAAUGUGUUGAAGAUACUCGACAUAGCUUACAGGAUGAAUCUGGAAGAUAUUAUUUUCUCGUGUUUGUGCGUCUUAAAGCAUUUUCUAUCAUCAGGCAUGAGCUUGAGCAACAUUAUUUUGGAAAGUAACCACCAUCUGUCCAAGAGUUGUGUUGAUCUAAUUCUCGAAGAUAACUAUGAAGUUAAGGACAAUGUGAUCUGUAUGAUUCGUGCAUGGUGCAUAACGGAGUGCGAACAAAAUCGACUCGAAAUGAACAGUGACAGUUUGAAAACGGUUCUGCAGGAUAUUGAGCUACCCGACAAGUUAAAGGAGACCAUUGUAGACUGCAGCUUUACAAGUUUCCAGCCAGUGACCUCGGGGGAGAAGUAUAGCUGGACUCCAGUACAGCGAAUUCAUUAUAAAGCGGUCCGGCCUCUGAUUAUUGGUGACGAAAUGUGCUUCGAGGCUGGCAUUUCGUGUAACCGCUUUAUCGUGUUGAAAUCCCUUUCCAUCAAUAGUCGACUGACCCCGCAGUUGAAGCAGGACGAACUGCGGCGUGACACGUAUACUGAAAACAUUGCCGUGGAAAUCUGCUCCAAGUUUAGCAAUAAAAUCGAGCCGAUCUUCCGAAAGCAACACUUUAUCUGUGAUGUCCCGUUCAACAACAGCUUGGAAAUUAGUUUGGAUAAUCAGAUCGUUCUCUUCCCAGACAUCGUUUACGUUGUGCGCCUGAAGUGGGGCCCGGAAAGUUUGGGUUAUGAGUACCCUCGUAGUAUUUUAUCUUCUUAUGGAAAAUGCAAACAGUUUAGGAUUAACUUCUUCGAAAGUAUCUAUCUGGAGACCGAAGGUAGCAUCCUGAAUGGAAUUAUUUGUGAUCUAUACAAAUAGGUUUAUCUGAAAUAUGUAACAAUUUUUACGGCGGUCGUACAAUUUUUAUUGUACCGAAAUAAAACCGCCGCCAUCCUGAUAGAUACAAAAGAUUUCUCGCAAAACCUAUCAGUUUGAGCAGUUCUAUUGAUUUAGACGAUUCAAUGAUAAUGAAAAAAUUGUAAUUUUAAGUUAAUGAUUGACAUUUCUCGAUUACCUGUAUCAGAUAAUUUCUAAAUCAUACUGAUUCAUUUUAUACAAUACUUUU